AUGUCUGUCCCCAACUUUGCCGACAUCGCCAAGGCGAGCAACGAUCUCCUCAACAAGGAUUUCUACCACCUCUCUGCCGCCACCCUCGAGGUCAAGAGCAACACCCCCAACAACGUUGCUUUCAAGGUCACCGGCAAGACUUCUCACGAGAAGGCCACCGCUGGCGCUAUUGAGGGCAAAUACUCCGAGAAGGCUUCCGGUACAGCAAAACCACCCCGAAAAAAGAAGCCGCCGAAAGGAACAACAGGCGUUCACCGUAUUCGACGCCUAGAUCUCCAAGUGGCUCGGAUCUACGGCUUCGGCUACGGAACACCGAUCCAAUUCGGCGCAUGCAUCGCCCCCGGAUUCGCACAGCUGCUAAUGUUCUAUCACCGUACAGGCCUCACCCUGACCCAGACCUGGAACACCGCCAACGCCCUUGACACCAAGGUCGAGCUCGCUGACACCCUUGCCAAGGGCCUCAAGGCCGAGGGUGUCUUCUCCUUCCUCCCCGCCACCCAGGCCAAGGGCGCCAAGUUCAACCUGCACUUCAAGCAGCCCAACGUCCACGGCCGUGCCUUCUUCGACCUCCUGAAGGGCCCCACCGCCAACAUUGACGCCGUCGUCGGCCACGAGGGUUUCCUCGCCGGUGCCUCCGCCGGUUACGACGUCAACAAGGCCGCCAUCACCGGCUACUCCGCCGCCGUCGGCUUCACCGCCCCUGCCUACACCGCUGCCAUCACCGCCACCGACAACCUCAGCAUCUUCGCUGCCUCUUACUACCACAAGGUCAACAGCCAGGUCGAAGCCGGUGCCAAGGCCACCUGGAACUCCAAGACCGGCAACAACGUCGGCCUUGAGGUUGCCUCCAAGUACCGCAUCGACCCCGUCUCCUUCGCCAAGGUCAAGGUCAACGACCGUGGUGUUGCCGCUCUCGCCUACAACGUCCUCCUCCGCCCUGGUGUCACCCUCGGCCUCGGCGCCUCUUUUGAUACCCAGAAGCUUGACCAGGCUACCCACAAGCUCGGUGCCAGCUUCACCUUCGAGGGUUAA